AUGGCUAGUAACCUAGUCCAAGCAAUAAAUAAUAUCUCUCUCGAAGAUGAAGAAGAAGGAGGAAUAGAGAUUAGUAAAGAUGUUCUGGGGACUAAUAGCAUAUGCAAUCAAGCCUUUAACGCAAAUCUUUGUGUUGUCGGGCGUUUUAUCAAUGAAGGGCGUGUUGAUUUCGAAGCACUGCAGCACACUCUAGCAAUUCUAUGGAAGCCAGGUAAAGGUGUCUACAUAAAGGAACUAGAUUCAAACUUAUAUCUCUUCCAGUUUUAUCAUGAGAUCGACGUUAAACGGGUUAUGGAGGGCUGCCCUUGGUCAUUUAACAGGAAAGCUUUGGUGAUGUCGAGACUGAAAGAAGGACAGAAUCCUCGCUGUGUGGAUUUGAACACUUUGGACCUCUGGGUACAGGUCCACGAUUUAAAGGUUGGUUUUAUGUCAGAAACAGUCCUUAAAGGAAUUGGUAAUUAUGUGGGAAAGUAUGUUCAAUCUUGCCCCUCAAACUUCACUGGUGUAUGGAGAGAAUAUAUGAGGAUCAGAGUCUCACUUGAUUUGGCUAAACCAUUAAAGAGGCGUAUGAAACUUAAGAUGACAGGAGAUGCAUGGUUCUGGAUCAACUUCAAAUACGAAAAUGUUCCAAGUUUUUGCUUCAUUUGUGGCAUUAUAGGUCAUUCAGAUCGAUUCUGUGGUCAAUUAUUCGAAAAAGCAGAGAGUGAAAUUGCGAAACCUUACGGUGCAUGGAUGAGAGCUCCUCUUCGAAAACAAGUGAAGCCAAUAGGAGCCAAAUGGCUAAGAAACGGUGAAAGUGAUGGCAACCAUGCAGCAGAUUCUCAGAUCCCGAGCAAACGGAACGAAGACGACGAGAGCAAUCAUGUUCCUAUUGUUACUCCUAAAAAUCCGGUGUCUGUUGAGAAAGGAGGAAAUCAUGGAAAUUCAGAAAUUCAAAUUUUUGAUGGAGGCGCGAAUCUUGGCCAGCACACUUCGCUAACAAAUCCAACAAAAAUUGCGGAAGUGAUAAACAAAAAAGACGUUGGGAUAAUUGAAACAAAAAAGAGAAGGACUGGUGAUGGGCUGGGUUCAGAAAAAACGGGCUUGUUCAGAGAAGUUUUUAUGGACUCGGACGAUAUUACUGAAAAUGAAAUGACUGAUGAAAAUUUGGAUAACAGCACAGUUCCAAAAAACGUAUAUGGGGCGGGUACUCAUGGGAGUGCUCGCCUAUCAUUAUGA